CAUCCGAAUCGGUACCGUCGUCCUCCGCUUUAAAUUUCUCUUAAACCCUAAUGGCUCUACUUCGGUGACUGCUCCCACUCAUCGCUCUCGAUCUCGCCUUCGCAACCAUUUCUCUCGCUCCCGUCAUCUCGCACGACGGCCAUGGAGUUCUGGGGUUUGGAAGUUCAACCUGGCCAAACUGUGAAGGUCAAUCCUGGCGAGAACAAAUACUUGCAUCUUUCUCAGGUAUCUCUUGGAGAGAGAAAGAAGGAGAAAGGUGCAGAGGGUGCAUCAGUAUUUGUGAAAUUUGAUGACAAAAAGUUGGUUCUAGGAACUCUAUAUGCUGACAAAUGUGCUCAAAUUCAACAUGAUUUAGUUUUUGAGAAAGAAUUUGAACUAUCUCAUGGUUCAAAGAAUACAAGCGUCUGCUUCAUGGGCUAUAAGAUUGCAGUUUUUGUAGAGAGUGACGACAUCUCUGAUCCAUUCAAUAGCGAAUCUGAAUCAGACGAGGGGAAUCCACUGGAUGUGCCCAUCAAUGGCAAACUGGAGGUGAAGACAAAUGAUAAAGCUGCAAUGCCUAACGCUCAAAAGGCAGAAGCUUCUGAUGGUAGGUCCAAGGCCAAGAUAGAGCAAUCUAAAAAAGAUGAUAAACUAAAGGCUAAAGCUGAAGACGAUGAUGAUUCUGAGGAGGACGAAUCUGAUGACGAUGAAGAUGAUGAGGAAAUGGUUGAUGGAGAGGACGGCAGUGAUGAUGAAGAUGAGAGUUCCGAAGAAGAGGAAGAAGCUACUCCUAAGAAGGUUGAAGUGGGUAACAAAAGGCCUGCCAAUUCUUCAUCCAAAACACCUGAUCCAGAAAAGAAAGCAAAGUUGGUUUCUUCUGGUGGGAAUCAGAAACCAGGGGCUGAUGGAAAGAAAGGUGGUCAUAUUGCAACUCCAUACCCAGCCAAACAAGGAAAGACCCCUGCAAAUAGUGUUGACAAGUCGAAACAGCAAGCCCCUAAACCCGCCGGCUGUGUCGCUUGCAAAUCAUGCAGCAAAACCUUCAACUCCGAGAACGCCCUUCAAUCUCAUACUAAAGCAAAGCACAGCUGAAAUUAAGUUGUGACCUUGAAUUUGGAGCUUCAGUGGCAAAGCUAGUGUUACUACUUUGUGUUUUGGUGGCAAGUGUGAAUCCCACUUUUCGAUUUACUUCCUCUGAGCGUGGUAGUUAAAUUUGGGCAAUGCACUAGUAUUUAUUUGUAUCAAAAGAAAACUGCAUCAGAACAAGAACAAUGGUGAUGUUUAGCAGAGGUAGUGACUAUAUAAGUUUGAUGAA